AAUGCCGGCCAGAAAAUGUAAUCAAAAGAAUUGUCAAUCCUGUAACGUUUUCGUCGAAGCUGAAUAUUGGUCGUCGUCCGAUUUGAGGAUUACCGUACCAAUUAAUAACGAAUUAACUUGUAAAUCUUGCGGUUUAUUGCUGUUGGCCAUCUGUAAAAAGUGCUCAUUUCGAAUUGUAAGUCGGUGUAAGGUUACUUUUGAGAAUAGGAUUAGUAAUAUUUUAAAGAGGACGGAGGAAAAUGCAUGUGGACCAAUUUCCAAGCACAUGUUUGCGUGCGAAGCGGAAUGUAUGACUUUUACGCCAAUAGCCAAAGAACCUACCGCCGAUAUGUGUAUAAUUCAAAAAACGGUCAAGAUACUGAAUAUGGUCGCCUCCUCCGAAUGGAAAAAACUUGCGAAAAGCUUGAAACGGGAUAGCCUACUAAGCAUUAAAGCUCCCAUUAAAUUUACUUGCAAGCAAAUACCGUUCACUUUUGAAAUUGAAGGUUUGUGCGUUGAUCUAAUUGAAAAUCUGUGGAGAUUGAACACUACCGGCAAUGAUCCAUUUAUGUCGGUUCUUAGCGGAGAAAAAUUGCUUUUUACGUCGAUUGAUAUGAAUGUAUUUCUUAAAAUGGAAACAGCCGAAGAAGAAUUGCGAAAGAACAAUGAACAGCUUAGAGAGCAGAUUUCAAGUUUAAAUCAACAAUUGGAGGAGAAAAAUAACGAAUUGGAAAUAUUAUUAAAGGAUAAUUUAAGGGAUAAGAACGAGAAUAAGCUUCAAGUCACGAUGAAAUUCUUUGAAAAUAACGAUAGUAACUGUAGCAAAAAGAGAAAGUUUAAUGACGAGAAUUCACUCAACAACAAUUAGACAAACAAUGCUAUCAAACUAUUAUAAAACAAAUUAUCUUUCAGUUUGUCAACUGGACUUGUGUAAAUGAAAUGUUUAAAACUAAUUGAAAU